AUGGCGAGAAGCGCAGCUCCUGUCCCUGCUGCGACUACGUCCAGCAGAGUCAGGAACAAAAAGCUUUCAUACAGGCAGAAGCUAUGCGUUCAACGUGGCUCGCAUUUGCUCAACGCCGCCACUUCGGUGGUGGCGGGGCCAGAGCCCGAGUUCGAAGGCCAGGAACAUACCCAGGAUUCUAACUUGGGUGUUGACGCCAACGAAAUCUCGGAGCACCAUUUGCAGGCGGCCUUGUCCUCAAACCAGCUCGCGACCGCAGAAGGAAACUCCACGACAGAGACGACCAAGGCGGCAUACAGCAUUCCCGUUCCCGAUGCGCACGGCACGCUUUCCAAUACCGAGUUUUCAAAGCUGUACCCAUCAGGAGUUUACUCGGAUCCGGUGACGUACAUUCGUUGGUCUGACACGGUAGAAGAUUGCAUCAAAGGUCCCAGCUACAACAUGGACGAAGAUGACCAGGAUUGGCUCGAGACCCGCAAUGCAAAGGCACAAGAGGCGCUUACAACGGCGAUUCGUAAUACCAAAACGGGACCGCUGGCCGGAAGCGCCGGCAAAGGCAAGGCAAAGGAGAAGUUGCGCGAGGAGGCGAUCGAGAAGCUCGUCGCCGAGAAUCAGGGCAGCUACCGCCUGCUUUCAGAGGAACAGUUCGAGAUGAUCAUGACCGUCUUCGAACAGGUCACCUCCGAACAGGUGCCUUUUCUCCACCUCGACGUGACCAAGAUCCCGACCUGCGAAGAGCUCCUCUCCUACUUCGAACCGUCGUCGAGCAUCUCUGCACUCGCGCAACCCGACUUGCCUCCGCUGAGCUGGGAAAAGACGGUCAGCGCUAGCCUUGGCUCCUCUUCGCAAGCUCGCCGGCCGCCUGUUGCUGGCGCCGCUUCCUCCGGCUCGUCUUCCAUCCCAACCACUUCCACUGAGUGGUCACCCCGCAAUCCAUACAAGAAUCUGACCGAUCUCAAGAACCUCGCAACGGUCGUCUACCCACACUGGAAGAGCCGCCGCGAAGAGCGAGAAGGUCGUGCGGUCACACCCUACCUCAACUUUGACGAGACCAACGACAAUGAUCCCUACGUUUGCUUCCGUCGACGUGAAGUCAAGCAGAUUCGCAAGACUCGAAAGACCGACGCUCUCCACAUCGAAAAGAUGAUUCGACUCCGUGCCGAACUUGAGCAUGCAGUAGCUUUGACCGAGCUCGUGGCGCAGCGUGAAAAGACGAAGCGCGCCUCAUUACGGCAACGUCGCGAAUGUUGGGAGAACGUCAAGGACCUCAUGGAUAUUAAACGGCAGUGGGGCAUUGUUGGCCCGCAGCAGGGCUUGGAGGACGAGGAGCUCAUCUCGGGCGAGCGCAGAGACCCGACACAAGCUUCGUCAGGGCCGGUCAAAAAGAAGCGCAAGGUCGAAGAAGCUGCAACGACUAUCAAGCUGGCUGGGCGCAAGUCGCGAGGUGGCGAGGCCGAUGGCACCUCUGGAGGCGCGGCAGCUGCCGCUGCGGGUGGCGUCUCAGGUAUGGGGUCUGCCAUUCUCGAGCGUGUCCAUGCUGUGCAGGCGUACAUCGAGCGCGAAUGCUUGCGCAAAGCUGACUCAGAUCUGGGUUGGGAGGAGGGAAGCGACGCUGCCUUUCAGCCAAUACCGGCCCCUGCGCCGCUGCGAGCCUUCCGCCCCAUUCACGCCGAGUCAUCCGAUGAACCGCUACCCUUUUCGCCUCUCGCCACAAGAGCGGGCCGACCGCCAUCGUUCCGUAGGCGCGUCGGCCGUGGUGGUCGUGUCUUUUUGGACCGUCGCCUCCCCGUCCCGAGUCCUGUGCCCACGAGCCUCAGUGACUGGCCUCGCCUUGGCCGAACCAAGACAGAUCUGCCAAGCGUCGAAGCGCGCGAUCUUCGCAGCACGCAACCAGCCUACUCAUCGGCGCCAAUCUCCUCUACACUUCCAGACCUUGGUCUCGCCAAUCCUCCUCCGUCCAACCGGAAGGCGUUGACAGGGCCUUUUGCUUUCUCACCCGACCUCCGCCCUCAGCUACUUGCUUCCACAACGCAUCCUGCUGUGCAGUCGAUCCUCAACCAAGGCAAUGACGCCUUUUGUGGGCCCUUUGCGCGCAGUGGUCCUUUGGCCGCGGCGUCAUCGACCAACUCGCUCGAGGAAAUAUCGGGCUCGCAGCACUCUGACGCCUCCAGCACAUCUUCGGACUCGAGCGAUCGUUCGCGUCUCAGUGGCACCUCGGUCGGUGUCGUUAGUACCCAAGCCACCGAGGUUGGUGACAUCGACAUGCUGGGAUUGGAAGAGAGUCACGACAAGCGUGAAACGGAGCAGCAAGGCGAUGCAUUGGACAGCGAUGGCUCUGACGACACACUCGACCCGGAGCGUGAGCUUCAGCUCUGGACACGGCUGGAAGAGCAGUGGCGAUACGACGAUGAGUUGGGUCGUUUCGCCGGCCUCGGUCUCACUGCCCUGGGAGGCAUGGAAGAUGAUGAUGAGGCUGUGCUGGACGACUUUGACCAGAAGUUCAUGCGCUACAGGAUGACUCUGCUUGAAGAAGCCGAUUUGUUAAAGCUGUCGACGGACCUAACUAACCUGCAACAAGCGCAAGCGGCUGCCGAAGCGCCGGCUCCAAAGCCAGCCGGCUACGUGGAGCAGCCGGCCACAUCUUCGUCAUCGUCUGCUGCGAACACAUCUGCUAAGGCCUCGGGGGCACCCGCCGCAGUAGCUGCAACUGCCACGCUGCCAGGCAUUCCGAGUGCUGCAAACCUGCCCCUGCCAUCAGCAGCACGAACUGCUGCGGCGACAGGUGGCGGUGGCUCGCAAAGCGCGCUUCAGGCGCAACAGCUGCAAGCGCAGCAGCAGCAACUUCAGAUGGCGAUAUUGCAGCAACAGCAACAGCAACAGCAACAGCAACAGCAGCAGCAACAGCAGCAAGCCGCCGCCGCCGCCCAGGCUCAAGCACAGGCGCAAGCGGCUGCUCAGACCCAAGCGCAGCAAGCUGCAAUUCUGCAGCAACAACAAAAUCAGCAACAUCAAAAACAACAACAACUGCAACAACAGAAUCAAGCGCUGUCGCAGACACAGGCACCGCAACCGCAGACGCAGCAGGUUUCUGGGCAGCAGCAGCUGCCACAGCCCUUUUGUGGCCAGAUCAUGUCUCUUUCACACAGCAACAAUCAGCAGGCACAGCUGGCCGCCUUUGCCGCAGCGCAGCAGCAAUUGCAGGCUGCUCAACAAGCAGCAGCUCAGCAGCAGCAGCAACAGCAGCAACAACAACAACAGCAGCAACAGCAACAACAGCAGCAAAGGCGUAUGAGUGGUGUGAGUCAACAGCAGCCUCAGCAGCAGCAGAUCGGCUUGCCCGUGCAAAUGCAGAUGCAGAUGCCCAUUCAAAUGCAGAUGCAGUUGCAGAUGCAGAUGGCUGCCGCUGCAGCCCAAGGCCAGACUCACCUGCUGGGCCAGUCAAUGCCGUUCGACGCCACUUCGAUCCAGGCACAGAUGCAGCAGGCGCAGCAGCACUUGGCGAGGUCGAUGCCGCAGCAAAACAUGUCGCUCUCUUCGCCCAUGCAGGCUGCUGCAUUCACUGUGCCCAACGGCGCUGCGCCGUUCGGCAUGAACCUGAGUCUCAACAUGAAUGGGAAUGCCGGCAGUCCGCCGAUGCAACACGCAAGGGUAAGCUCUCAACCUCAGCAGCAAAUCGCACGAACCUCAGCAUCUCCUGUUUCGACAGCGGCUAACGGACAAAACACAGUUCGAACCAAUCCCUCACCCGUGAUGCAACCAGGUCUGAUUAUGCCUCAGCAACAGGCCCAGCAGGUCCCACAGCAGCAGCACAAUCAGACCGGAGCCCUCAACCUUAACUUGAGCCUUGCGGCCGCGCAGAUGAAGAGCGGAACCGCAGCUCUGCAGCAGUUCCAAGCGCUGCAACAGCAGGCUCAGAUGAUGCAAGGGCAACAGGGCAACGCCACCUCUGCUCAGCUGAUGGCCAUGAAGGCAGCGCUGGCUCAGAAUGCGAAUCUGAACCUGCGACUGCCUCCCAACCGAGCUCUGCAGAUUGCUCAGCAGGCUGCUCAAGCUGCGUUCGGCGCACAGCAGCAGCAACAACAACAACAACAGCAACAACAACAACAGCAGCAGCAGCAGCAGCAACAACACCAGCAACAGCAGAUGAGUGGCAAUGCGUCGAACCAGGGGUCGCCUGCCAUGUCUCGCGCAUCGACCGCCGGGUCUCCACGAUUCGCUGCCAACGGCAUCGCUGGUGCGAUGGCUGGCAGUUCGCCAGCACAGAAUGGCACUUCGGCUACCACGAAUGCAACCAACUCGCCGUCGCCACAGAUCUCAGCUGCUAGUCGAGCCGCCAUCGCGGCUGCGACUAACGCUGCCAACGCCAAGAUGAUGGCUGCCCAGUCCCCUGUUUCGUACCAUGCUUCGCCUGUCCAGGCCAACUUGAAUCUGCACGCAGUCCAGCAACAGCAGCUCAAGAAUGCAGCCGCUGCUGCAGCUGUUGCGGGAGGCGCCGCGGCUGGAUCGCCGCACCUUGCCACGAGAGGCUCGCCGCAGACGCAGCAAGGUUGA